CUGAAGUGUAGAUAAUACACUAGGUUUUUAUUCGCCAGUCAAAUGUCCCUCGUGUGGAGUGUAUUAAGUGAAUGAAACAACUGUAUUCUGUAACUGAUGUAAAGUAUUUCGAGAUCGAGCCAGAUGUCCUCGUUGCAGACACAUUUAGUGUAAGUGCAAACCAUCCUACUACAUGAUGAUGUACACAACUGGGGCUGUCCUCGUUCGUUCUUCACGACCGCGUCUGCAGUCACAGCUGAUGUGCAUGUGAACGUGUGCCUUGUUGAAUGUGGUCCUGGCGUGAAUUCUGACGACUUGGAAGUUUCGUCUAUAGUGGAUCAGCCUGCGGAGUUGUGACGCGCUUGUCAGCGGAUCUCGAUUUUCUCGGUUGAGCACGGGCCGCGCGCAGUUUUCAGCGAUCGCACGUCGCUCUUACUUCGGAAAGGUCGUGGUGGGAGAUGAACAAAGCCCAGAAAAUCUAAGGAGCUCAAGCUUUUUUUUGUGACUACGUUUCAGCGAUUCAAGCGGCAUCACUAGGUUCCGGUGCUCUGCGGGAGAAAUAGCAAGAAUCGACAAGAGCAAGGCGCUGUGGUUCUCGUUGUGACAGAGCGAGGAAGAUGGCGACCUCCUCAACAACCCCCGCCGACUCGCGGGGACUCAGUGCGGCCGAUAGCACUGGUACGACCUCGUCUGCUGUUGGACCAUGCGAGUCCGCAGAGGUCAGACCUUCGAUGAGCCCGACAGGGAGCAGCCUAGGGCUUCCCAGUGUGUCACAGAGCAGCCUGAGUAACAAAAGAUCAUCAGUCGUACAACGGGCGUCAGUGGUCGUCAGUUUAUGACGUGUGUUUAUUAUUUUUAUAAUUAGACAGUCCUUUGUUUAAUGAAAUUGAUAUCCUGUCUUUGGUCUUCCUCGGUUCAUCAACAUUAUAAUUAGACAGUGUGAGUAACUACACCUACAGAGUCAGUGCCAGCACAACUGGCACAACUACUUCUGCAUCUGCUCUUGAGAAACCAGAUUACAUAAUCGCUAUUACUACACGCACACUAGUAUCUUCACGAGGUGGACAAUGUUCUUGAAAUACAGAACAUUUAUUGCUAUCAACCAAAAUAAUUAAGAAUACAUGUCCUUGAUUGUGGUUGCGGCCCUCGUCAGGUCCUAACAUGUUCGUUUUUGAAUUUUUUGGUUUUGGUUUGAUACAGUUAGCUUAAGCUUUUCCGCUGGUGCUCUUCUUUCCGUUUCAUUUCUCCAGCAGCUAGGGCUUGGUAUGCGUAGCGAAAGCUUUCAAGACUAUGUGCAGACCGCUGAUCCGUUACCCAGUAGAAUUAGCAAAAGCGUCAAGGAAAAGUUUGGCUUCCUCAAGAAGGAGACUCAAGGUCGGGUCAUGUAUCCGCGUGUCACUCAAAAGUUCAUCUCUGCAACGGACGACGGAAAGAAAAAACUCUCGUACAACGAAGACAACCUCAUAAACACUUACGGCUUGUUGAUGUUUCGCUUUGUCUUUUCAUCAUAGCUUGGCUUUGAUUUUGGUUUAGUCCACAAGCAAGUGCAAAGCAUUUUCGUGACGAGGUCCAUCUACAUCUUCUAUCAAUCAUUAUCUCAAGAGAUCCUCAAGCUUAAUCAUAUUCGAACACUUAAGGGAACAUGAACAAUCUAGUUGAGGUAUUUAAAAGUGAAGAAAAAGGAUAUGUCCCCUAUGUAUACAGAUAAUGGAUUUCUUGAUGAGAUCUAUGUCUAUCCUCGAGUCUUUUUUGUCUAAAAAGCGCAGCGCUUCGGAAAGUGGAUUGUGCAGUGGCUACCCGUAUCAAUAUACUUCCAGUUCCGACGCAUGGCGAAUAUAUAUUUCUUUUAAGGGUGACCCUGACCGGCGUGAAGAUAGCUCGCAUGACGCAGUCUGGACUUAAUUGUUCAAGCCUUCUUUCCUUUUUUCAAGAAGAGAACAAGAACAUCAAGUUGUCAAUAAGAAUAACAAGAAUCAUUGUGGUAAUGCAUGUAUCAUCAAUGUUGUCUUAGCCUCUAAGAUCUCAUCAUCUGCUGCCUGCAGACUAUGGAAUUUUCACCGAAGAUGCCGGCGCCGACUCUAGCGACUUUCUUCAUAGUCCUCAUUUGGACUGCAGGGAAAGACUUAUGCGGUGAAAUUGAUACACUUUCUUACUUUUCCCACGAUUACCCAGUGCAAGUUCUUAGCUUCUCUUUCAAAUUACACCCUGCUGCAUCACGUAAAGACGUGGAGAAUUAUCUUGAUGAUUCGAAUCUGUUUGCUUCCUUCCUUCAUACUGCCGAUACGAGGAUUACCAGCGGGAGAAGUCUGACAAGAAGGAGAAUCACAGAACAGUGGAAGUGCUUCAGAAAGAUAAGACGUGGGGAAAGAAGCGCUGGAAGGACGUGAAAGCAAACGAUAUAGUGCGCGUUCACAAAGACACGCCCAUUCCAGCAGACAUGGUGCUGCUAGCAACAUCGCAUGGCGGUCACUGCUACAUUUAAGGGUAGUUUAUCACUAUCCCGUGUGGACUAUGCUGAGUGGAUUCCUCCUUGAUUUAAAGGAAACAAUAAGGGGCAAAGAGGGAAACCCACUUGUUUCGGGAUAGUGAAGAACUGCCUUUAAUACAUAGACACGAAAAAUCUGGACGGGGAGACGAAUUUAAAAUUACGCAUGGCGAAUACUGACCUAGCAUCAUUGAAAGAAGAUAGCCCCGAGCUCGAGGAUCUGUCGGUAAUUUGGAUUUUCUUCCUUCACUUUUUAGGCUGUUUUAGUUUGCACUUCGUGUUUUUUGUCGAUAACAAAUUUGGAAGAUCAGGCAGCAUGAGGAUGAGCUAGUGUGUAUUCGCUAGCUUGCAUCCAUCAAGGGUUGGAUACGUGCUUUGUAGAGCCACUUCCUCUGUCUAGAAGCUCCCAUCUCGAUAUUCUAGUCCCCUGAUCUUUGCAGAUUUCCGUGGAGCCUCCGCACGAGAAUAUGACGAUCUUCAAAGGCAGCUUUUCAAUAGACAAGCGCAGCGACGUGCCACUAGUACUGGACAACAUCCUCUUCCGUGGCUGCACUUUGAGAAACACCGAAUGGGUUUUUGGUAUUUCGAUCACUUUACAACUACGACUUACCAGAUUUUUACCAUCGAUGCAUGUUAAUGUUUGCUACUAGUCUCAACUAAUGUGAUUAGUAAAGCCCACCUGAUACCCUCGCUAUUUAAUGAGACGAAGAUGAUAAGUACCCACUAUAUUAACCAUUCAACAUACUAGAUUCCAGUAUGAUAGUCUCGAAGAAGAUAAUGCGUUUCUACAGGUAUGGCGGUGUAUGUCGGGAGGGACACGAAAUCAAUGCUGAAUAGUAGAGAAGCGCCAGCGAAAAUGCCCAACAUGCAGCACCUGUUGAAUCAGCUGCUUAUCGGCCUGUUCGUUAUUCUAGGUGUCGGAGUGAUUAUCUGUUCAACCUUUGGCAUGGUUUGGGAAAGCAGGUAACAAAGUCAGUUUCCUUGCUGCUUCGAACGAAUACAUUAUUUUUCACAACCGACUACUUAGCUGUAUAGAUGCACUCUAUAGGUGAACAAGGUUUAAUUGUACGAUCGUAGAGGUAGAGCAAGAACAGGAAGAACUUGGAUGAACAGCUUAAAAUGUUGAAGGAGCAUGAUCUUUCCAUUUCCUGACAAACCUUUCACAGGUAUCGCGACGUGAUGAAAUAUCUCCAAGCACUGGAUGCAAAUGGGGAUAUAAUGAUUCUAAAGGGUCGCGAAUUCGAUACGUCGACGUACGGGUUUGCGAUAAAAAUCUGCGUUUUCAUUAUCGUCUUCUCUCACCUGGUUCCGAUGAGUCUCUACGUGGCACUCGAAGUGACCAAGCUGAUCUUAUGACAUUGUUCUGAAGAACAACAACGAAGAAGUUAGCAUCUUUCUGAUAAGCUAAACUGCUCUGUCCUCUGGUGAGAACAUACGUGUACAACUAGCAUUGAAAUAGACUGAUGCAGAGUGAUGGCAUAAGGUAAUAAAUGUAGAAGUAUUUUGGUGGAGGGAGCCGGAAGUGAGAUGGACAGAAUGGAGGUGACCCCUUCUAAUGAACCUCGCGUACUUUGUGUCGACUGACAAGAAUAUGGUACACGACGACGUAGGUGCCCUUUGCCGCAAUAGCGACCUUAUGGAGGAACUCGGCCAGGUCGAAAUCAUCUUCUCCGACAAAACCGGAACGCUCACAUGUACUCCAUCUGGAACAAUGAUUUCUACUCUACUGGUGAAGUAAGCAGCAGAUCUCAAUCUGUGUUUACUUGUCUAGUUGUAUGGAGGGUAUGUUUUAUGAAAUAUCAUCUACAUGUUUGAUGAUGAUCUUGUUUAUGAUCAACAUGUCCGCUACUCAAGGAACUGUAGCCGAAACUGCACAGACAUGAUGAUCAUAUGAUUCCUCCAGGUAACAAGAUGGAAUUUGUGCGAGGUUCCGUCGCUGACAAGGUGUACGGUCCGAGUACCAAUGCGGAGCUCGAGGAAGCACGAGCGAUGAUAAAGAACGACAAGGAACAGCUGGCGAACAGUUUGCUGAACGAUAUGGAAGCGUAUUUUGACGCAAUCAAACGACACGACACGGCUGCUCUCGACUAUUUCUUGCUUUUGGCGGUAUGCCACGCGGUCGUGAUUGAUCCCGACAGCGGCGAAUACCAGGGUAGCUCACCCGAUGAGGUAGCGCUGGUGCAGGGUGCAGCGUCUGUCGGCAUUCGGCUGACAAAGAGCUUGAACGGCGAGAUGGAGGUGGAGCUGCCAGCGGAGUUCACUGGCGGGAACAAUCCGCAAAAGCGUGCCUACAAAAUCCACGAAGUCCUCGAAUUCGACUCUGACAGAAAACGAAUGUCAGUCGUGGUGGAAAACAAAUUUGAAAAGAAGAUGGAAAUUCUCACCAAGGGAGCAGACAUGACGGUUCUGCCGCUGCUAAACAAACCGAUAUCGGAGAUGAGUACGACGCAUCUUCACGAGUUCGCAGGAGAGGGAUUGCGAACGCUUAUCUGCGCGAAGAAAACCCUCAAAAAUCUAAAGCGUAUUCAACGACCUUAAUAAACAGAAGUCAGAAGACCUUCAUUGUGACAAGAAGUGGAUACAGAUGAAUGAGAAAUCUAUCAAACUUCAACAGUGAAUCAUUCAAAGUUCCCACCACGCAGCAUGACGAGGAAUCAUGAUACUUGUUUCACUUGCCAAUGUUUUGCACUUAUUCAUUUAAGAACUUGCAGUUGCAUCUUGUUCAUCUUUUCGUUCUCUGUAUCAAAAUCAAUGUGUCUUAUGUAUGAUCACAGCUGACUCGAACGACAUGCAAAAAGGCUGUUGGUAUGAUGGGUGGAAGCAGCGUUUCAACAAGGCCGCGACGUCCAUAGAGAAUCGGGAGCAAAAGGUUGCUGAUGUGGCCGAGGAAGUCGAGAAGGAGCUAAAUUAUAUCGGCAUAACAGCUGUCGAGGAUAUGUUGCAAGACGGCGUGCCGGAUGCCAUUGCCACUCUGAGGAGUGCGCAGAUUCGCAUAUGGGUUUUGACGGGAGACAAGAUGGAGACCGCAGUCGAUAUCGCCUUCAGCUGCAAGCUACUAGACAAAUCCAUGACGUUGAAAAAACUCUGCAACUUAACAGACGUAUUGCUUUUUUAUCGCCGUUUUUUUAUGACACGAUGUGAAGACCUAAUGGUAAUUAAGUCUGUGCAGGCAAAAUUCCUUCGAAUUUUUUAGGAUCAAUCUUAAUCAAGUAUCUAAGUCAUAAAUCUAUCGCCUCGGAGAUCAUGAAACUACAUUUUUCUUGUUCUUCGAGGUGAGUGACAUCCGAGACGCGCUUCACGAUGUGCAUGAUGCAUGCGGUAAGGGUGCCUCUGUCGGGCUAGCGCUCGACGGGUUCACGAUUACCACUAUCACAGACUCGCACGACUUAGAAUUGGCUAAACUGUUUUUCCGAGUGGUUAUGAGCGUUGACGCCGUAAUGGCAUGUCGCGUCGCACCAAAGCAGAAGGCCUUCAUUGUGAAAGUCGUCAGACAAAACCUGCCAGAGAUAAUCACCUUGAGCAUCGGGGACGGAGCCAACGAUGUCGCGAUGAUUCAGGAAGCGCAUGUUGGUGUUGGAAUACGAGGUGUUGAGGGAACGCAAGCUGUCCAAGCUAGCGAUUUCGCGAUCUCCCAGUUCCGAUUCCUAGAGCCGCUAAUUUUGGUACCUUCACUGAUCUUUUUUUGUACAUUUAGCAGAUGUAAUUUCUUUCUAUCUUUCAUCUUCGUGGCAAAUGGACACCGCGCCUGGCAUGCCACAAAAGCCGCAGCUGGCGGGGACUGUGGCGGCCGGGCAUACCAUAGUCGAUCGCAAUGACGACCAUAGCGCUACACACACAGAGCACAAAGAAAUCCGGCGGGAUCGUACGCGUCGCCCGGAGCGCAUCAAAACAAACAAACAAACAAAUGCGAAUCCAAAUGCUAUCGUGCUAAUUUAUAUUUACCUCGCGUGAAACAACUAAAAGAGAAAGUGAAGUCUUUAUGUCGUAGUCGUUCAUUUGUUAUUCUUCGCAUCCAUUCUGGAAAGUUAUUGUACACCACAACCCCGUUCCUCCAGGAUCAUGGUCGAGGAGCCUACCGACGUGUCGCAUCCUUCAUGUGCUACUAUUUUUACAAAAACAUCGCUCUGGUUAUGUCAGACAUGUACUGGAGCAGUUUCGCUGGGUAUUCAGGUUAAGGCUUACCGUAAUUGUAAUUCACCCUAACAAAACAUCAUAAGCAUCUUUGACCGCUUACCCUUUACAGGGGGAAUAAAAAUGCGUCAAAGAACAAGAAGAUGCUUCUCAAGAUGAAUACGAGUAAGGUCUAAUCAGAGCAGGUUUUGUUUCCGUCGUGGUUCUCCACUGCGUACAACGCGUUUUGGACCUCCUUUCCGUGUAUCUCGUGCAAUGCGUUUGACUCUGAUGUGAGUGGCAAGGUCGCGCGCGCAAAUCCGUAUCUCUACCAGGCAGGGCCAAUGCGAGUAUUCUUCAACGCGCGAGUGUUUGGCCAGAGCAUUUUCCUAGCCGUUUAUCAUGGCUGGAUAUGCUUCGCAAUUCCAUACUUCGCCUACGGCUCAGCGCCGAUGGAUGAGACGGGAAAAACCGGAGGCUUCUGGUGGGUCUCAGUUCUCAUGUUCACCUGCAUCGUGCUAGUCGUAAACUGCCGACUCUUCAUCAUCACGCCAAGUUGGAGCAGGAUUAGCCUUGCGGUAUUAUAAUUCAGCAGUAGUUGAUGUUUGGGUUUGCAGGACCAGUUGUAGCUGGACUUGGAUUAGGAUUACGUAUGAUCAUCGAUACGUGGUAGGCGUUGUAGUUUACAGGCUUUGAUGAAUCUUCAGAUGUAGUAUAUGCUGUUUAAUGAAGAUGACAACGACAUGAUCACAAUUUCACCCAACAAGAACAAACUCCUUUUACCUCCAACUACUACUUCUGACCCCUACCUCCAACUACUCUAUCAGGUUCAAAUGCUGAACUUCCUGUUCUACUUUCUCGAUCUGAUUAUAGCGUGUCACACACAGUGGUUUGCGAUUGCCUUCCAGUGGCAGGUUUACACAAUGCUAGGGUCUAUCUAUGGGACUGCAGGUGGCUGGAUUGUCACAAUAGUCACGGUACAACUUCAUACUACAACUCUUCAAAAGUGUAUCUUAUUCGUAUUCUUACAAAUUGCUGUUUUUGAUUUUAUGAUGCAAGCGCAUGCGCAAGCGCAUGUGCAUCAUCCUUUCAAGGUGCGCAUCUCAUGGUUGUGCGUUUACCACGAUUUCGCCAGCACCUAAAACGUCAGCGUCUUGUUCUUGUAGAAUUCUAUGUUUUUACCCCGAUGAUGCUCCCCUCAGGUGUUGCUUGCACUACUUCCGGACUUCUUAUUGGAGAUGUAUGCCACUAUUGUAAAGCCGAAUCCAGUACGGUUGCAGAUGUAUCACGAGAGGAAGGGCCUUGAAUUUGUGGAGUUGAGGCCACAAAAACCCGGAACUACUCCCCUCCUCAAAGCGCUUCCACGGGUCACCCAGCAAGUUAAGGAAGAGCACGUUGAAGUAUGCUCUUAUUAUAACAUAGUACUCGAUCGGUUUCACAUUCGAUUUGAUGAUUGAGUUUGUUUCCCGAAGUGAAAAAAAUGUAGAUCUAGAUUGACGAUUAUGUGCGGCAUGGUGAUCCCCAUCAACGUCGCGCAGCGUGGUCAUUGUCUAAAUCAACUUUCGCACAGAUGAAGCAACUGAAGCGGCUAAGCCUGAGCUCUACCUCACCGAGAGCAGAAUAUGAGGGCGCGGGCGGCAAUACCGCGGGACAUCAUGAGGCGCCGAAGCCGCUUUCAAGUGAUGACGUUAAGACAAUUGUAAAAAAUAGCAGAACAUAUUUCCUCUUUUGUCGUCAUUUACACUGUACCUGUAGCAGUUGGACUUUCACUUGGAGCAAGAGCAGCAUAUAAUGAAACAAGGAGGGAUGUAGCACCUACACCUAGCAAUAGCAAGAGGACAGCGCACCACAAAGCAAGGGAGCCACCGCUAUCUCUAAAGACGAUGUCCUCACAUCAAAGAAGGACAUCAAAGAGGUAGAGAUGACGGCAAUGCCCAGUCAGGGAACGCGCUCCACGGAGCCACGCACAGCCAGCUUGAGCAGCUCGGGUAGCGUUGCGGACGAGAACGUACAAUCACCUAUUGCUGUCGGGAGCCCUUCCGAGUUUAAAUAACGACCGCUGGUUCUUGCGGUUGUCGUUGUCGACAUGCGUGUUGUAUGAGCGUCGUGACGAGAUAUCUUAUGUAGAAGAUAGUAGAACUACAAAUAGUACUAGGCCAACGCAGGUCUACUAGCCUCAAUAUUUUAUUCUUUGUAUGCCUUUGCGGCUAUCCUUUCUAUUAUUUUCAGGAGGGGAAGUAUUUAAGAGCAGAGCGAUUAUUGAUGUUUAAAAGCUCAUUGAAAGACAAACUAGAUGGUAUCGAUAGAGAUAAUAGGCAGUUGAUCUUUCGUACGAUCCGAAUUGAGAAGAUCUUUAAAUCUAAAAUUAUAGGCAAGGAGCUCUUAGUCUGAUAGAAGUGCGCGUUGAUAUCAACUUGCUUCACUUUUUGGACUGAGUGAUCGGCUUGACGAGCCGAGCCUUCCCCAGUCUUUCCAUGGGUCAGGAUAGCAGGGUGCCUGCAUCUUUUUCCCGAAAAUAAACAAAUUCAAGAGUAAGGUCCUCAUCUCGUUCCUCCCUCGUCUGUUACCAUGGAUCAAGAAUAAUAAGCUGGCAACGUGAAUUGGAUAAAUGACGACUCGUGAGAUCCUAGAAUGAGGAACCAUACAUGGAGACCCCAUCUUCCUGCCUAACCUUGCUUCUGAGCCCCCAGCUUCAGUUAGGCGGUUAGCUUUCGCUUCAGGUUGAUUUGGUUCGUCUCCUCCCAAUUUCAAAGAUCGUUCGAAGUGUUCCACUGCAACUAGGUUGUGUGCGUAAGCCUAUAGAGAUCAGGAUACGGCCUGAUCCGUCGUGGCGAUAGCCAGAUGUUCAAAGAAGGAGAAGAGAGAUCAACGAAUUUUAUCAUGGUUGGUGUAGGUUGGGAUAAUAGGCAGUUGAUCUUUCGUACGAUCCGAAUUGAGAAGAUCUUUAAAUCUAAAAUUAUAGGCAAGGAGCUCUUAGUCUGAUAGAAGUGCGCGUUGAUAUCAACUUGCUUCACUUUUUUUUCCCCCCUCCCCCCCAAGUUAGAAAUAUUAACCGAUGCCGGGACGCUGGGAAAGGAAUGCGUCCGCAGAGGCAAUGAGCUGGUCAAAGAAGAGGCCCUGUAGGUCAUUCGAAGACCAGCUCAUCUUACUGAAGAAGAAGGUAGCGCCCAACCCUUCCUCGACCGGGAUUGAGGCGGUGAGUGAAGUACUCCCAAUUUUGGGAGAGGGCGCUGAACUGGCUGAAGGAGUAAUACAAGCCUUCUCGGUGGGACCACCACCAGCUGCACAAGACACAGGUCUCGGCUUACCUUUGCAAGGGGAAGACGAAGAAAUCGCGAACUUUCAGCAAAUGCCCACUUCAAACUCCUCGGGUAGUUCGCUCGUGGACGCCACGAACCAAGCAGUAGAAGUAGCGCUCUUGGAUAUGCAGGAAGCUCCUCCUCAAGAUCUGGAAGAGCAAGCGCAGACGUUGGCAGCACCGACCGGUGCGCCACACGUUUCGUCUUCGUCUGCAUCUUCUUCUUCAGGUUCACUAAUUCCAUUGCUAAGUAUAAAUGAGAAUCAAGUUGGGUCGUCCUCUUCCAGUACUACUUCAACUCCGAGCACAUCUUCAACUUUGAUAGUAGCGGGAGAAAGAAGUUUCGUCAGACCCGGCAGGAACGUGCAGACGGUUGUGGGGGCAGGCCUCCCACCGCAAGCAAGACGUUUAGGUCCGGGGAAUCUUCUUAAUUGGAAAGAGACCUUGAAAUUCAUGAAGAGUGCAUGCGAAGGGAACACGGCCUUGAUCCCGCCCGGACACCCUCCGAAGCCAUUACUGCAGAAGGCAAGUGGGCUGGAUGCCUUCAUGGCGCAACUAGAUAAAGGAGUAUCUCCCUUCGACGAGCAAUCGAGGCUCGCAGGAUCUACACUUAAGGCGUAUCGCUUUGCGUUUAGGAAGUAUGUCGAGCUCAUGUGGGCUCUAGACUUGGAUGCCCACCCGAAAUUUCUGUCCCCAGCGGCGGCGAGGCUGUUAGCGCAAGCCUUUCAGAAGUGUGGAGAUUUCACAAAAUCCAAAGCACAAUACGCGGAAAAUGUGAAGUGUUAUGCAGAGCUCAUUGUGAGCCUGCAAGCCCAGACGCUAAAGACCUUUUCACAAGUCUUGAGAUUGUUCUGGCGAGCUAAGCCCAUCACAGUGCAGAGACAGGGAGUUCGGUUCACACAUUUGCUAGUGAUGAUGUUGGCGUGUUCCGAGAAGCCGCUGGCCAAGAUAGAGGCCUGUGGAAAACAAUACUCAGCAACGAGCUUCCUGCAAUUCUGCAUCUUCGCAUGGUUUUUCAUGAUGCGGCUAGACGAGGUGUCGACGGCAACAAGGAAGAUGCUCCAUGGCUGGGUGCGACUAAUAGUAGCAUCGGCAAAAAAUAACAACAUCGCGGCAGCCCCGCAAGUAGUAGACUUAUGCUGUUGUUGCGACAGGGCGCCAACGCUGGCCUCAAGAAUUAUCAAAUUCUGUCCCAGGUGUUGUUGCAAGGAUGAUGUGUGUGCGCUUUUUGCUUUUACACAGGCGAGGGUGCUGGCGAUUUUGUUGGAAAAACUACUGUUGUUCGCAGGAUUAGGACCAGGCCAGCACGGCACGCCAGCACUGGCGCAGCAAGCCCCCAUGGGGGAAGAAUUGUCUUCAACGUCCUCCACAGCCAACACGCAGAAGGCCAAGGUGAGCAAAGAAGAUGAAAAAGUAAAGAAAGAACUUUAUCUGCACUCGCUGAGAAUUGGUGGAGCCAAAUCAGCGGUAGAUGCAGGAUCGUCCAACGAGGACGUAAGGAUCAUAGGCCGGUGGGACUCUCUGCAGAGUGCAGAGAGAUACAUUGGUGAUGCGCGUGCGUUGCCGGACUCGGUGGCAUUUUCGUGGCCAGUUCGCAAAGCAAAGUUGUUUGCGUCACCCGGUGGUCAGCACGGGUCUUCAUCCUCCUGGGAGCUGAUGAGUUGAGCUUCCUUCUUCGUUUUUGUACCUUGCGGGGUUAGUAACGGCCCGCUUAAGGUUGAUCGGAGUGGUGCUCCUCUUAUCCCCCUCCCCCUUUUUAUCUACAAGUAUGCUAACCCCCUCUGAUCGCCUUUGAAGUGAGCGAAGUUUGAGUCUUCUUAUCACUGGGGUCAGGCUUUUUUCUUCUUGUUGGGGUUGGUAAUCACAUAGUUUCUAGUUUAGUCACAUAUACAACUUACAAGUCUUAGUUAGCAUCUAGUCAAAUAAGUCAGCCUUAGGCAAUUUGAUAAUAAUAGGCACAAGAUGGCAGAACAAGAAGCACCACAAGCAGCUGCUUUAGCAGCAAUGCAGGCGAUGAAUGAGAACAUGUUGAGGCAAGCCGCGGCUCAUGAGAAUGAAGGAUUGGGAAUUGCCACUGACGCACAAAUUGCACUGGUAGCGAAUGCUUGCGAGAACAUUCGCUACAAGUGCACAUCCCAGCAAUAUUUAUACGUGCUGCGGCAGCUCGCGUCGAGGACGUGCGACAAGUUGACUCACUCACCAUCGGCCCUGAAUUUGCAUCCCAUGGCACUGGUCGCGGCUUUGAGAUGUGCUGACAUCCUAGAGGACAGGCAUGCGAGCGCGAUCAUGGAUGCAGUAUCCAGAGCGGUUACAGGGUCUUUUGAUCCGAAGUCGGAUGAGAUGAAGGUCGAGAUAAACAGCGUAUACGAGAUAUUCAUGAGUACGAUGAAGAUAAAUUUGCAGAAUCUGGUGCCUGUGGAAGAGGGUGCUGACUUGCAGCAAAGACAGCUGCGAGCAACCAUUGCAACAAACUUUCCUCCGGAUUUCGUUCAACAGAUCCAGAAUGAAAGGAGGAGAUUAGCAAUGGAGAAAGCCACGAGUAAAGCAGUAGAACGGGCAGUGCAGGACAAGAUGAAAGAAGUUAACGACCGAAUGAACACGAGACUUAAACAAAUGGAGGCUGAAAUCAGGAAUCUUAGGAGUGCUCGCAGGGAGAGAACUCCACCGAGGCCAGUCCCGAAGGGGAAAGGUAAAGGUGCAGGAGAUGCCGGCCCCAAAGAGUGGGUGUGCACGAAGUGGAUGCAAGGUUCCUGUUCAGGAGCCACAUGCCCAGAUGGGAACGCCCAUAGGGGCGACCUGAAGAAGCUGGAAUUUUUAAAUACUAGAUAUUUGAGUGGAAGGUUGUCGCAGGAGCAGUUGAAGCGUUUGGCUUCAUAAAGUUUUCCUUAUUUGCACGUUCCCCCCCUGGCCCUAGAAACAUCAAAUCCUUUAACAACAGUAAACAAGAUAGUGCAACACUCAAACAUAAGCCAACUGACCGAACAUCACCUGAGUAUGAGUAACAGAUAUACUUAGAUUGUUCCCACACGAACCCCAUCCCGCCAGCAAGGUUACCCAACGAGAAAUCUCGGAGCCCAUCCUAGAGAUUCUCACACAAAAGAAAUGUUUCUGCAGAACACAGAAGAGCACGCAACUUUUUCCCAAGUUUUUGUCCCCCCCCCCCCAAAAAAAAAGAGAAGAAUACAAGUCUUCUCGCUGCCUUAGGCUCCAUGAAGGGCAGGCAAUGGCGGAGUGCAACAUCCCCGAAAAGUGUUUCUGGGAGAUCUCAAAUUUUUCACAUGCGGCUGUUAUAGCAUUUAAGCUGUCGUUGCCGGCGGGUCAUGCGGGAGUUAAGUCAUCCCUUGCUUCCUUGACGCCUGAACCCUCAAGAAUCCGAAAUUAAAAAAGAAACAAUCUACAAACUAAGUUCAAAACUCACAGGUGAGGAAUCCAAGUUCCCAGUCGCUGCUUCAAGAUGUCCUUUAUUGAGAUCGAAGUAUCCUCGAUAAGAUAUUCACAAGAUAGCAUAAGCAAGUUCUUUGGGGCAGGUCCUCUUAAAGGCUUAUAUGUUUUUUCAGCUUUCGAUUCUUGUGGAAGUCGCAGACAAGUAGCCGGGCUGGGUAUUCAGAUUAAAGUUUACGAGCACCAAGGCCUUUAUUAUACCGUCAAUAAUAGAACGCUAGCCGGAUUGAGAAACCUUAAAGUGAAAAGAAAGUGGAAGUCCCUUAACGUAGUAGCGGAAGUUACUACAUAUACCCUAGAAAGCUGGCGGCGCACCACAUCCAACGGUGGCCGAGAUAUACAAGUACGUUAGACAACACAACCCAACCCAAUCCAAGAUGGUAUUCGGAGAAUACGAAACGCCAGAGGAGCGGCGUUUCCGACGGGAGAACAAUAUGUUCCCCGGGGAUUUCCACGUCACCCCAGAAAAACGAGAUCAGAUUCGACGACGCGAAGAGCCGCUGUGAGAGAUAUACCGCUCCGAAAAGACGAGCCGGGAGCGUAAUAUGAGGGCCAGAGGGCUGGUGUCCUCCAGCGAGUCGGAAUCGGACUCACAGUGGAGUCAUCCUGUAGCCUUGAAGAAAAAGUUUCCCACGGCGGGCAGCGUACUAGCGCCCGAUCACAAAGGACCGUUGGUCAGAUUGGCCCCGCCGAGGGAGCUGGACUCGGACCCUGAACUGAGCGAAAUCGUCAACGAAGGCGAACCGCAGCGGGAGCAGUCGGUAGAAGCGACGAACCCGCUGUACCAAGCCUUCGCGCAGAAUCAGCCGAAAAAGACGAAGAGAAACAUGGCUUCCAGCAAAUACAGUUUCUUCUCCAAGCCAGACGAAAUAUCAACCGCGAAUGAAGCACAGGCCCACGAGGAGGCUCUAGACGAACUGGCCGAUAUACAACUGGAGGAUGCACCUUGCACCCCGCAUCAACCGCGCUUCGAUAUAAGAGUGACUCCGGAGCAGCUCCGACGAGUCGAAUUUCGGCCGUCGGAGUUGCUAAGCGCCGCUGCUCAAAGUUCAACACCAGCUGCAGGAACAGGGCAAGUGCGCCACAGCCUCCGGCGACAGCGGUUGGAACUAGACGAAGGUCUCGACGAGGAGAGCGGCUUUCCUCCGACCGCGGCAAAGCGUCUGUCGAAGGCGCCGGCGUCAGAAGGGCAGGAUGAUCACGAUCAAGAUAUCGAAUCAGACCUGAGUCCCAGUGUGUCGCUACGCAUCCCGAUUUCGCCAGCGGAGCGCGCGCCGCCGAAAAUCAUGGACAAGAAGCCUCUGCUGCUCCUGAAGACGUUAAACCACUACAAACCCGAAGCAACGGGUAGGGGAAUUCGGCUGGAUGAGAGUGACGAAGUGGAUUUCGAGCACUCCAUGACAGUGGACGAUCAAAGAAGUUACGGCGUCCACUCGCUAUUGCCAGAAUACUUCGUCAAUACGAUAAAUUAUAAUAAGCGCUCAGAAGUGCAAGAUAUUGUUGCCGGGUGCCAAGUAAUCGGGAACUGGUUGCUGCACAUGGCCCAAAACUCCAAGGCAGCAAGCGAGCACCUCAAGGCGAACCUGCCGCAGCACUGCCAAGAGGUGUACAAAGACAAGAGCAUCGUGUUCGUGGAUGUCUGCUUGCAGAAAGCUGUUCAAAGAGCUGAGUGCUAUGAUCCAGUGAUCAAGCGCAACAGGCAGCAAAUUCUCGAUUGGACGAGACGCCUCGCAGCCGGAAUACCGAUUGCAGGCGAGAUUUUGCCAUGUGGAUUUUGGAAACUGCUAGAUGUAGAGAUCCCGGAGGCGAAGAAAGAGGUUGCCGAAGCUUUAGCUUCGCGAGAACACAGUGUUCCGCAUGGAGACCACUGGUGCGAAGAACACCUUGUGGAGGAGCUGUGGAGACAAAAAGAAACAAUGAUGGAAAAGGAGCUCUGGGAGCCCCUCCUCAUCAAAGAUUUGACUCCAGUAGGAGCGGCAAAAGCGUUCCCAGUGGUGCAGGCCAACAAGGUAAGAACGUGCAUUGAUUUUCGCUCGCAGAACAAGCUCCAAACUCAGCAUGAAAAAAUGCGUCUGUUGGGAAGUCGCGCUGCGCUAGAAAUAUCAUGUGCUUUGGCAUCAGAUCGGCUGCACUGGAGAAAGCGACCUUUGCUGCUGCAGUCCAGAGACGACACGAAGAUAGAUGUUCUCACCGAAAAAGAAACUCGGGACAACAUCGUCGCUGCAGAGGCGCCGAGCGGUCAAGAAUCCGAGCACAGUAGCGCCCUUACUUCCAAGGACUUUCCAGGCUCACUUCCGGAGGACUACGCAUUUAUACCUCACUCCGGGAAGCGAGACAAGUCCGGGCACUAUUAUCAGCACGCGACUAAAAUUCCCGCACAAAACGCAGCUUUCUUUGCGGUGCCGCGGCGUGUUCCCGACAAAGAUCCUCCCGAAGGAUCCUUUGCCACAGCCUUCCACCCGAAAGGUUCGCGGAGAUGGCUUCUGAUCAAGAGCAAAGUUGCUUUGUUCGGAGCGCUCUCCUCGGUCCACGAAGCGGCUAAUAGCAGCGAGGUGAUCCAACUCAUCUGUCAUGCGAUUCUUUUUGUCAUCACCACGAUGUAUAUUGACGACAACCAGAUACAGGCCAAGCCAGGCGCCUUAAUGGCCCAGCUUGAGCUGGUGGAUCUAUUCCUACACCUCGCCGGCUGGCAGCAGGCUGAAGAAAAGAAGGACCAGCAUCACCGCUUUCAGCGGUCGCUCGUGGUCUUGGGAUUAGCUUACACGCUGACCCCGGAUGCCAAACUGCUGGUUAUCCCAGAUCACGCAAAAAUCGCGAAGUGCAAGCGAGAUGGUCAAACGCUGACAUCGCAACUCGAAGCGAAACAAAUUUCGCUCGACCUGCUCUUGAGCUUUCGUGGCUUGUAUCGUCAUUGCGCACAAUUGGACAGGGUGAAGCUGUUUUAUGCGCGCAGUCAAGAUCGUUUUGUCUCGAACUUUGACAAGUUCAAACGAAACACGACGCAGCGAAAGCGGGCAUCCAGCGGUGUUCAGCUCAUGACGUGGGCGUUGGACUUCAUCCGGCCGUUCGAAGUUUCCACUGGCCGGGUAGACAAACAGUUGUCACAUGGUUACACUGACGCUGCCGGCGAAGACUUCGAAGGUCUAAAUGAAAAAUUGCGCCGUGGUCAAUUCGAAAAUUUGGAUGAUCAUCAGUUGAAAAUCGGCGGCUACCUGGCCCAUUCCUCAGGCCACUACAAAUGGUCACUGCGCAUCACCACAUUGCCGCGCUUUCUGCGAAAUGAAAAAAUGCAUAUUGGCAUUUUUGAAGCACUGGCAGCGGCGGUUGGGCAGAAGCUCUGGCUUCACCUACUGCGGGAUGACCUGUUGAUCCUCCACAUGGACAACUUGGGGGAUGUCUUUGCGAUGGCGGCAAAUUCAUGCAAAUGUCCGGUAGUGCAAGCGAUCUCGCAUGGCUGCCACCGCUUCCAACAGAAACAUCAACUGGACUCGUAUAUCACUUGGAUUUGUACGCGCAGAAACGUCUCUGACCCCUUAACUCGAGCUCACAGAGAGCUCGCACUAGCGAGCUUCUUUGAAGACGCACAAGAACUGUUUGUAGAAGAUAAUUUCUUGCAAAAAAACCAUCGAAUCUGGGGCGCCAUAUCGUCAGCCCAGAUCAAUUUUUACUAAUAUGUACAUCUCAUAUCAGAUUUCCCUUACGCACAUAUCCUGUUCAGCCGUCCGCGGACUGACAAAACUCGAUUACGAUUACCCUGAGAACAUGCAACACCACCACACGGCUUUACGCCCUCAUUCUUCCCCUCCGUUUAUCGGAGCCAUACAUGGAGACCCCAUCUUCCUGCCUAACCUUGCUUCUGAGCCCCCAGCUUCAGUUAGGCGGUUAGCUUUCGCUUCAGGUUGAUUUGGUUCGUCUCCUCCCAAUUUCAAAGAUCGUUCGAAAUGUUCCACUGCAACUAGGUUGUGUGCGUAAGCCUAUAGAGAUCAGGAUACGGCCUGAUCCGUCGUGGCGAUAGCCAGAUGUUCAAAGAAGGAGAAGAGAGAUCAACGAAUUUUAUCAUGGUUGGUGUAGGUUGGGAUAAUAUGUGUGGACUCUCAACAUCUUCUCUGUCUGUCUUUCUGACAGGAGCAAUCUCGUCAACUAGAAGUAAACGUAAAGGAUAUUCGUUUUUUAUUUGACAUUUUGCUGAGUAAAUAUUGAACGCGAUUGAAACAAUAUAUCACAGACAACUUGAUCUAGAUAAAGUAUUUCUGAGUUGUGAAGUCUCAGAGUCGAAAAUGAAAAUUUCUAUACCUCCUUAUUAAUGGUGUUCUACGUCUGACUGUUGUAAAAAAUGUACUCCGAAGACAAUGUCGCUCCGACCUAGUACUAGUAGGUGUAGGUAGCUGCUCUACAACCAGUAAUACGGCUUUUUCCAUGGAUUCCGCUUUUGCAAACAUUGUUGUUGUUUGUUCGUUCUUGCCCUUGAUCUUGAUGUCAAACCAACGAACAAUUUUUAGUCUUACUAACCAUGAGCAUGAAUCAGCAAAGAGAAGGUAUACAACGAGGACGUAGUUGUAUGUAAGUAACUACACUAACACAGGAGGGUCCGUUCGAGCUUGUCAGUAAAAAGGUAAGACUAACAAGACAUCGACAUUUGUAAAAAUCUAAUACUAUUUGUAUUAUUCCAGUGUGUGAGGUUUUUCAGCUGGACCGCCAUGAAAUGACAUAUUGUUAACCUAAGAAGUAAUGAUUUAUCGCAUCAAUUCCAAUUCAUGAAAAUGAGCGUUGGGGAUGGUUUUCGUAGUCAGGUGUGCGUUUUUGCAAGGUAGUGUCCUCUAAUACUAAUAGAGCAGUCGUUGUUAGAGUUAGUAGAGAGGUCGCAUUCGCAUUCGAGAAGUCAUCAUGAAGGAUGAUAAACCAACUGUAGUUUGCGAACAAACAUUACGUACUGAUCUAGAGUAAAAAAAAAGUGAUGUUACGAGAGUCAGAUCAAGAAACAAAAGGACCAUAACAUUUAGUCUAUUGAACUACCUAUUUAUAGUAAGUAAUUAUAGUUAUACAUGCUAGUUUCGUUCAUAAUGGCUAGUUAUUGAAAUGCUGCGCUAACAUUUCAAUUCUGUACCUGUAGUCUGUCAUACAAUACAGCAUCUAUCUGGAUAAUGGUUUUCGAUGUCACAUGAUCAGCAACAUACAGCACGCGUCUGAGUAGUAAAGACAUUAUCCUGUACUAGUACAUGAUCAGUAUCAGGAUCAGCCGAUAAGAGGACGAUCUUGAGUUCUAGCUACGUACCUCUAUGAUAAGCAAUCGCUAGGUAGAUGACGAUGCCGUCGUGAAAGAGCAUUCUUGCGGUAACUACCAAAUUAUGCCCGCCAAAAGAACAACAACAAGAUACCACGUGUCCGUAGAGGUGGUAGAGUAUACACGUGAUCUUCAUCUCUGCUCAUGCUUCUGAAAACCACACACAAGAUAGAAAAAGAUCGUCAUGUUGAGAGCAACUCCAACUUCAGGCUUUUUCAAACGCAUGUUUUGGUGAAGACUUUUGGCAUCUGCCCAAUUCGUUCUUGCCCAUUUUGAAGAGAGUGAC